CGAACCACUGAAGGAGCGGCCAUUUUCUUUUGUUCUCUUUCCUCAUAAUCUAAACGACGGUAAACGAAGAGACUAUUAUUUGGAGAUUAUAGUGUUGGAGACUAUUGUAUUCUUUUAGGGAAUGUCAGCUACUAUCGAUCAGCGACCCAAGGAUCACGGCGGAAAAGGGUACGUGAACAAAAAUGGCGAAUUACAGAAUGUGUCGGGUGAAGACAUCGAUCGCUACCUCCAUCCGGGAGCGAAACAGGGCACCGAGAAACAGUUGAACUCUCAGCAAGUCAACACGAACUUGCCUAGUCAAUUAACGGACUCAUAUCUACCGCCAUUUUAUCCUACGACAACAACAGGAUCAAACACAGGAUUGCCCCCGAUGCCAUUCCCUUAUCUGAAUGCGGCUGGAAUCAGCGACGGCACCUGGUCGACCGGAGUGCCUUCGCUUACCCCUAACACGCUUUUUCCUUCGACGGGUUUCGGAGCAGUUGGGAACGGAGAACAACUACUACAAGACCAGAUGUUUAAUCACAAUGCAGGAGUCGCCGUUUCUACAAACGCUUAUCUAAGCAGUUUAACCCAUAAUUCACAAGGACCGCCGGCACUCUAUUUUCCCGGAACAACGACUGAUAUUUCAUGGGGCGAACAAUCCCAGGGUGCAGCAAUGUUGCCAAAUUUUUACCAACCACCGCCACCGCCGACAUCAGAACACGGAGGUUUGAAUCCUAUUGGAGUUGAUUUGGACUCUUUGAAAGGAAAGGAAUUUGGUACUGCAGGAAAUGUGGAAAAUGCUCUCUCUAGUUUGGCUCUGGGUGUAGAUGACAAGGGCAAUGAAGGGUUGAAUGAUCAAACCAAGUUGUCGUCUCAGGUGACUAGUUCAUCGACUGUAACUCCUUCUGAGACUAAACCGAAGUCUUGGGCUGCUAUUGCAAGCCAACCCGCUAAGCCAAAGGCAAAGUUACCUCCACCGAAACCAAAAUUGCCUCCGCCGAUAACCACACAACAAACUGUUGGGCCUUCUAAAGUUGAAUCUGGAGCAUGGGGAAAUGCAGCGAAAUCUGGUCCCAACAAGCCUGCAAUUGGCCGUGGCACUAGGCCGCGACCGAAUACAGGAGGAAUGUCCGGAAAUCCAGGACCUUCAAAUCCACCAGUUAAUUUGUCUGAAUCUGUUCCAAUUCUUGAUAAAUUGAGAUCCAAGAAUUGCUACAAUCCAAAGGAAUUUAGCCUCCUUCAGAAAAAUGCCCGCUUUUUCAUUAUCAAAAGUUACAGUGAGGACGAUAUUCAUCGUUCAAUCAAGUACAGCGUGUGGACAAGCACAGAGCAUGGAAACAGGCGCUUGAACGAUGCAUUUAAAGAGCAGCAGAGCAGUAAAGCUCCAAUUUAUCUGCUUUUCAGUGUGAAUGGAAGUGGCCAUUUCUGUGGAAUUGCAAUGAUGACAUCAGAGGUUGAUAUAGAGAUUGAAACUGGAAUUUGGACUCAGGACAAGUGGAAAGGCAAAUUUGAUGUCAAAUGGUUCUAUGUGAAGGACGUGCCAAACAAUGCGUUGCGUCACAUUCGCUUGGAGAACAAUGACAACAAGCCUGUUACCAAUUCCCGGGAUACACAAGAGGUGCCACCUGAGAAAGGAAAACAGGUACUGAAGAUCAUUCAUUCUUACAAGCACCAGACAUCGAUCUUUGAUGACUUUGGCCAUUAUGAGAAGCGACAGGAUGAGGAAUUUAAAAAGGGAGGCAAGAAAGUUGUUGGAGUCAAAGCACCAUAGAGAAGGAGAUGCCCAAGUCUGCCUUCUCUAGCCAGAGAAUCUGUCUUUACUAUUAUUGCAAGUAUUCUUUUCUAGAUGGAGGAAGGAACCCUCUAAUGCUUUGCUGUUUGGUGGAGAAUUUCAAUUAAUCAAAUGGUGAUUUAACAUUCCAUAUAGUCUCAGCUUCAAUCUAACAAAUCGCCAGUAUAAACUUUAAAAAAAAUAUACACUGACUCGUGCUAGAGGGAAGCUUCUGUCUUUGGGUAGGUAUGAGCCGACCAGCACCCAGAAUAGUGGGAUCAUAGUGUUUUUUUUUAAUCCUUGAUUACGGUAGGUUGGAGCCAAUGGUGGUGCUGUUACCUAAAGACUGCUAUGGGUAGCUGUUUAUUAAGCAAGGGUUCCAUUCACAAUAAAACACAACAGUGUGACAUU